AUGACCGCCGCCCCUCCUCCAGCGACAGCAGCUCCUCCUCGCCUUCAAAUCGAGCAGAGCCUCGAGCAGCUACUCCAGACGCUGCUAGAGCUUGGCAUCUGUGCGAGCGACGUGCAAGAGUCGGCUCUCGAAAGCUCGUCAAAUGGCGUGGCGAGCGGUGUGCCGGGCGGACUGAUUGGUCGCAAGGCGCAACAAACGAUCGAACAACUCGGUCGCUUGCACGCUCAGAAGGACCUCGUUGCAAACGUCAACAUUCCCCUUGAGGUGAUUAACUUCGUCGACCAGGGCAAGAAUCCGCACAUGCACACGAAGAACUUCAUCGAGCGUCUCUCCGGCGAGAACAUGUACACCAAUGGCAUUCUCUCAGCAGUGUCGGACUACCGCGACCUCCUCCGCGCCCAGAUGGGCGAGGCUUUCCCCGACCUCGCCGAUGCGCUUAGCACGCCUGCGCCACCCCCUGCUCCUUCUGUCCCCGCAACGAACGGCGCUCACUCGUCGAUCGCCGGUCCGGGUCCGAGCGGCUUGAACGGAGAGGUCAAGAUGGAAGACGCGCGAUGA